AUUUCACAAUGUCAAAUAUUGUGAAAUGUCAAUUUUGUAAACCAGAUAUUGAAAAUUUUAAUGUUUUAAGGUCUUACCUACCCGAUGAUUACGAGUACUUGGUUUGCAACUUUAAUUCUGACAGUUCCAACUUUAAGACACGAUUGAGAACGAGUGGUAAAAACCAAGAGUAUGCACACAAAUGGCUUGAUGACUUUCAAAUGCAUUCAAAGUGCACUAUGAGAAUAGAAAGAACCUAUCCUCAUAGUGGAACAAAAAAUGUUUUCAAGGUUGAUUUGCGAUGCCAGCAUAACACUCGUCCUCGAAGUGAAAAAUCAAGAGAAAAGGAAUCUUGUAAAAAUACAGAUUGUCCAGCAAAAAUGGGAAUUACAAUAAAACGUGUUGUUACUGAAAGAAAAAGCAGGUCCAAAGACCCUCACCUACCUGAUUAUCCUUCAGUAAUUCAGAUGGAUUUCCGUCACAACCAUGCUAUAUUGACCCCUGAAAUUUUGAAACACCGAAGUGUACUUCCAGAAGUAAAAGAAAAAAUCCUUACAUUAUUCAAACUGGGGCACAAUCCAGCUACAGCCCUAGAUAUGCAUAAGUAUGAUUUACUGUUAGAGCAUGGUGAGAAUUUUGAAAAAAUCUGUCAUGAUCGAGCUUUAUUACCAGAUCCUCAAUUUUGCUACAGGCUCUAUUAUAAAAUUGUACGAAAGCAAUCCUGCCCUUCGAAUGAUGAAAACCCAGGUACAGAUGUGCCGGGAAAUGCCGCUGUUGAUAAGAAAAAUUUUGCUCCCCUCACCAGUUGUGAAAAUUCAUCUUCCCUCAACUCUUCUCAGGUUGAUUCCUUCAAUGAAGAAGUGUUAUGCCAAGAUGCUUCAGCUGUCAGUGCAGAAAAAAAGAAUAAAAAGAAACGUAAGCUGGAAAGUUCUCUGAUUGCUAAAAGUGAAAUGUUGAGCCAACUUGAAGGCGUACUUUGCAAGUUCUGUGAAAGUGGAGGCCUUGCAGGGAUGCAGAUAGUUUCUGACCACAUAGUGAUGGCUUUGAGUACGCCUUUCAUGAACCGUGUUCACAAUUUAAUAAAACAGAGUGGAGAGCUUGUUUUUGUGGAUGCAUACGGAGAUAUGGAUGAACCUAACAGCUGUCGUAUUUUGCUGUUUGUCACUUACAGUUCUAUUGGUGCUAUUCCUCUGGGCUGCAUCGUUACUACAUCGGUUAGUGUUGAAUGCUACAGAGCUGCUCUAGAAUUGUGGAAACAAAUUCUACCAGGAGGCUGCUUUUAUAACAAAAGCGAUGGCCCGGAUAUUUUCUUUACUAAUGACAGUGAAAUUGAGCGACAAAGUUUGAAAAUAUGUUACCCGAAAUCGCAUUUACUCAUAUGUUUAUCACAUAUUCUACAAGCGUCAUGGAAUUUUUUGUGGGAUAGAAAGAAUUCAGUAAAAAAAGAUCAUCGAUCAAUGUUGUUUUCUAAAAUAAAAAUGCUGUUAUAUUCUCAGAGUGCUGAAGAAUUGGAAAUGAACUAUGCUUAUACCAUAGGUGAUAAUUUAGUUAAAUCAUAUACGAUAUUUCUUGAUUAUGUGAAGCAUAUUUAUAAUCACAAACAUGACUGGUCAUUAAUUUAUAGACCUAAUUUGCUACCAGGAGUGAAUGAUAUUUCAACAUUUUGGGAGUCAUCCAUGUUGAUUUUGAAAGAUCCUAUUUUGAGUCGCACUCGAACUUAUAACCCAUUGCAAGUAGUAGAUUUUUUGUCCCGGUUAGACACAUUCUACGAAAGAAGACUGAUAGAUUUAGCAAAUAAUCGUUUAGAUUCUGUUCGUUUGGCGAGAUUUUUAUUUAUAGAACUGCCCAGAGAAGCUUAUACUAUUACACAGAAUUCUGAAAGUGAGUAUGAAGUACAUAAUGAUACUAAAGACACGACGUACCAAGUAGAUGUGACUUUAGGCAUGUGUGAAUGCAGAGUCGGGAAGUUAGGUGCACCAUGCAAGCACCAGUUGCUUGUCUUUCGAAAUUUCCCCAUUCCAGUUUAUGACUGCGUGCUUCCGAAUUCUCCUAACGAUAAAAAUCUGUUAUUCCAUUUAGCUACUGGACAAGAAGUUGAGAAUAAUGAACCUGUUGAGCCUGCAAUCAAAACUGGUCCUGCCAUGCAAGAGAUUACUCCCGAUAUCUCUAUUCAUGAUUUAGAACCUUGUGGAAAUGACUUUUUCUUAGAUGAAAAUGGAGCGUGCGAAAAUCUCAAUCAUAACUCAGAUAUGACUCAUAGCUCUGUGUUGAAUCCGCCAAAUAAUCUGAUGCCUUCAAAUACGUUACUGCAGACAAGUCAUAUUCUGCAACAGCAUAGUGCUGCUCUCAAUCCUCACGAGUCAAUGCUGACUGAAUCAAGUUUAUUGAUUCGCCUGGAGCAUACUACUCAUCAAUCGAUCACACUAGCUUCUCAAAGUAAUGAAACUAUGGGUCAACAUUUGACUGUUUUAAAUCAGAAUCCGGAGCCUAUAAUUUCUCCGCAUAGUCUACUGACUACUCUUCAUCCACCACCACAUCCUCCUCCGUGCUCUGUAGAAAAUAGACCUAAUCAGCAAGUACACACGGUGUUGAACUUACUGGAUCAAAUUUGCACAAAAUUAAAAGAAAGAACUUCAAGGUCUCCACAGACGUUCAAACCUGCCCUUGGGACAUUUUUAAAAAAUUUAGAAAAUUUAUCAUCAGAUCAAUCUUUAGAAUAUGCACUUUAUUCCUUCGGGAAAUUUUCAAAAUCUGCCACUCCAUUAUUCAGAAGGAAGAUUUUGGAUAAUAAACUAAUUGGUUUGCAAUCAGCUGGUGAAAUAAAGCGGAAAAGAACUUUUAAAUGUGGGAUUAAGAAACCACGUUGAAAUCCUCAUUGAAUCAUUAAUUGUUAUUUCUUUUAAAUAUUUGUUUUAUCACUUCAGGUGUAAGUUUAACUUAAAUAUUCUAAUAUUCUGGUAAGAUGUAAAAAAAAAACUUUUUUUUAAAUUCUGUUACUGUGUGCUGCCAAAAAGAUUUUGUUCUUCAGCAUUCUAAAUAUUUGUGUUAUAAGCUUAAAUCCCUUUCCCUCAUAAGUUAAGGUAUUGUUUUGAUGCAAGAAAUUUUUAUAUGGAGAUGUUUUAAAAGUGUACUUGUGGGGGAAUUCAGCUAAUACAUAGUUUCCCAUGCUCUAUUUACCACUAUUGAAAAAAAGAAAAAGAAAAAAUACUUUAAAAAAUCAAAACUGCAUCUAAAAUUUUUGAACAAAGCGAUUAACUAUAACAAUCAAAGUUUAGAUUUAAAAUAUUUAUGCAUUUUUUUUUAAAUUGCUUACUUGUUAGUUUAUUUUGGAAACAACCCCUGAGCUAAUUUGUGGUACAACAGACAUAUAGUGAGAAAAGUUUUUUAACCCAUAACAAGGGACGUGCUGUCUCACAGACCGCUUGAAAGUUCAUUCCAUCACCCCUAUUUUAUUUUCAGUCUGAUUGAAUAGUUUUUCCCAAUAACUUUUUAUUUUGUGACCUUGAACACCUCCUUUGCUUAUCAGUAUCUUUUGGAGAGUACAUUUGGUUUAAAUUUCAUUGCAUUCUUUAGAAGCGGUCUGUGAGAAAACACCUCUCCUUCAGUGUUACAAUUUUUGGCAAUAGUGGACGUGGCUCUUAACGGAGAUAGGUUCAUUUAUCUUAUCAGUGUUAUGCGGAAGAAAUGCAAAAUAUUCUAGAUGAGGUUGUGUGAAAUGUUCACAAAAGUUACGUAACAAUGUUCUAGGGACAAUGAGGGCUGAACUAUUACUGGAAAUACUAGCAGUUAAUGGGCUGUCAAAAAUUUCCCGUAAUGUGAUAUAAUCAAUUUUCUGGUAUUAAGAUUUUCUGUAUAUACUAAACAACUAAAAUAAAAUCAUUAAUUGAUAAGGGAUUAAUUUUUAUUGUGAGUAGUAAAUUAUUUACUACAGCAUAUGAUU